AAGAAGACACGUGCAUUCCUUUAUAAAAUUUUGAACGUGCUUGUCAGACGUAGAAAUAAAAAUUCACGUCGUAUUAUGGUGCGACCAAACAAUCAGCUGCCGGAUAAUCUUCCGCAGUUGCAGAACCUGAUCAAGCGAGAUCCGGAAUCGUACAGCGAUGAGUUCCACACGCAAUAUGAACAUUUUUUGAGUUUACUCGAAAUCUUCGCAUUGAAUCCGGGCGAGGAAAACAAAUCGUUGGAUGAAAUUGUGAUGUUUAUUGCACAGGUGGCACAAUGCUAUCCACAGGUGUGCCAGCAGUUCCCAAAACACCUGACGGAUCUGUUAAGAACCAGCGCUACGGUCCUAGAUCCUGCGAUGAGGAACUCCUUUGUCAAAGCUUUGAUUCUGCUGCGCAAUAAAAAUCUGGUUCCAGCUUUGGAUAUAUUGGAAUUAUUCUUCCAGCUCUUGCGCUGCCAGGAUAAAAAUUUACGCACCUUCUUGCAGACACACAUUGUAACAGAUAUUAAGAACAUGAAUGCGAAGCACAAGGACAUGAAACUCAAUUCGAGUUUGCAAAACUUUAUGUAUGGCAUGUUAAAGGACGCCAAUCCAAAAGCUGCCAAAAUGUCUGCAGAUAUUAUGAUUGAACUUUACAAGAAGAACAUAUGGAAUGAUGCCAAGACGGUGAAUGUGAUUGCCAGUGUGGGCUGCUUUUCAAAUAUUACAAAGGUGCUGGUCACAUCUCUAAAGUUCUUCCUCGGUCACGAUGAUGAGGAUGAAGCUGGCAGCGAUUCGGAUAGCGAGCAGGAAGUGGAUCUUAAAGGUGCGCUAAUGGCAAAUCGUGUGAAUAAGAAGACGAAGAAGCGUCAAAAGCAACUGCAGCAGAUUAAGAAGCAGGCGAUCAAAGCGCAAAAGAAAAAGAAAAAUGCACCUGCCUUCAAUUUCUCUGGCAUUCAUCUUAUACACAAUCCUCAAGGCAUGGCCGAGGGUCUGUUCAAGCAGCUGCAGUCGAGCAACGAGCGCUUUGAAGUCAAGCUAAUGCAUCUGGAUGUUAUCUCUAGAUUAAUAGGCAUUCAUGAUCUAUUCCUCUUUGGCUUUUAUCCAUAUAUCACUCGGUUUUUGCAGCCGCAUCAGAGGCAGGUGACGCGUGUCCUUCAAUUCGCAGCACAGGCCUCACACGAAUUAAUUCCGGGUGAUAUAAUUGAACCCAUCUUAAAGACCAUAGCAAAUAAUUUCAUCACCGAGCGUAAUUCGAGCGAUGUUAUGGCAAUUGGCUUGAAUGCCACGCGAGAGAUUUGCAUGCGUUGUCCAUUAGCCAUGGGCGAGGAUUUGCUGCAAGAUCUGGCCAUGUACAAGACUUACAAAGAGAAGUCAGUGAUGAUGGCUGCGCGCUCCUUAAUCACGCUAUAUCGCGAGCAAUUGCCCGCUAUGUUGCACAAAAAGGAUCGAGGCAGGCAAACGGAGGCGCAGGCGGAGCGGAAGGUGAGGGCUUAUGGUGAAAAAGAUGUCAAGGACACUGUAGUAGGUGCAGAGGCGUUGCUCAGGGAUUCGAAGACAAUUGACGUCGGCAGUGAUGAUGAUGAUACGGAUUCCAAUGAUGGCGAGUGGGUGACUGUAACACACAGCGAUAACGAGGAUCGAUACGAUGAGCAGGCAAACGAAAGCGAAGAUGAAGAAGAGGACGACGAGGAUGAAGAUGACGAAGAGGAUGACGAGGAAGAAGAUGAUGAUGAAGAGGCAGACGAAUCCGAUGAAGGCGUUGCUAGUGAUUGCGAAGAAUCAACACCCAAUGCGAAAAAGGAAAAGGCGAAGCCGUCAAAGGCAGAUAUAAAAAUGCUCGACCAAAAAGAAGCUGCACAGGAGCUGGCUUUGACGCGCAUCUUCACAGAGGAGGACUUCAAGCGAAUCAAUGCAGCCAACCUCAAGAAAACGGUGACAAGUGCACGCAAGCGUCCACUGGAACAGGAUCGAGCUGAGUUUGUGAAACUGAACAGCAUUGAGAUGAUUUAUAAGAAACGUAAACACGAUAAGGAAUCACGUUUGGAGACGGUGCAGGCAGGACGACAGGAUCGCGAACGUUUCGGCUGGAAGGAUGGACGUGUCAACGAGAAUUGCUCUAAGACGAAUCGAGAGAAACGCAAAACGAAAAACUUUGGCAUGUUACGGCAUAAAGCGCGGUCCAAGGUGAAGAAGAGCUUUAGGGAUAAGCAGCUGGCCAUGCGAAAGCAUCUACUGCAUCAGAAGAAGAUGAAGUAGACGGAAUUGCAACUGGGGAAGAGGAAUUGAACAAAGCUGAAGUUGAUGAAAAUUAAGACGGGAUAAGAAAGAUAAU